GUGCGCACUGGAUCAAAGGACUACGAAACUAACUUCCAUUGUAUGUUACUCGCAGCAUGCAGCCAGGUUGUGAAAAAAAGACUUGUUGAGAAUGAAGAAAGAAGUAUCGUGCUCCAAGAAAUGAGCCAGAGAAAGCUUGAAUUCUUCAAGGGUUUCAUCUACAGAUCCAAUGUCAUACUGGACGAAGGCAUUAUAGAUGACCUCCACAAUUUUGCCGUCAAGUAUGGCAUCGACGACCUGCAGGCCAUUUGUGAGAAAUACAAACAUAUUCGAGAGGGACCGAGCCACCAGGUGGAAAUUGCUUUCGAUGAUCAGGAAGAGGUACUACUGGAGCUGUUUAACAUGUUUCUGGAAAAGAAUUUCACAACAACAGUUUUGGAGGACGAAAAGGGACAGACCCAAAUUAAGGUGCAUGGGCAACUCAUUGCGGCAGCCUCUUCGAUGUUAGAGGAACGUCUUGAAGAUUCUUCAGCAAGAGAUAACGAUAAACUUCGGCUAAACAUCUCGUCAGACGCCCUUGCAGAAUUUGUUGACUACAUCUACUGUGCAAAAGUGACUUUGCGACGUCAGAAUGUCCUAGAUCUACUACAAGUUGCAUGUAAUUACGAGCUGCCAGCACUAGCAAAAGUAUGUUGUGAAUGGGUAGCUGCAAGACUCGACACUUUCGAUGUGGUCCGCACCUUGUGGUGGGCUAAAGAAUUGGAUUCUGCCUACACGGAAGAUUUGGAAAAUCCUGCAAAAAGCUACAUAGUCGCCAAUUUCAGCGAAUUAACAACAGGCCAAGAAUUCAAUUUGCUGGUUUAUGAAGAUCUAAAGGAAAUUAUACAAGAUGACAAGCUAAGCAUCGAGAGGGAAGAAGACGUGUAUGCUGUUGUAAUGAAGUGGAUAGAAUAUGACAAAGAUUCCCGUUUACCGUUUCUGUGUGAUCUGUUAUCCUGUGUUCGCCUGGAGGUCACAAGCAGAGAGUUUUUGGCUGAAUUGGAGGAUGACCAGCACAUAAGACGGUGCUCUGAGUGCUUUCAAUUACUUGGUGAGGCUCGACAGAAGCUAGCUGCUGACGAGGAUGAAGGAAGGCCUGCCUUGGGUGAAUACAAAGAUGACUAUGAGAAAGAAGUUGAACAAGACACACUCUCAGAUGACGCUUCUUUGUCUCAGUUCGCAGAUGAUGAAACCCUCAAGGAUUAUGAAAGCUUACCUGAAGAAUAUUUGCCUCAAGAUAGCCUGCCCCAAAGCCGCGAGCUAAGAGACCUGCGUCUGCGUAAGGAUGGUCGACCGGAUAUGCGUUUGAAAGAAAAUCGGCGGUUGUACUUAGCAAAAGGAGCGAAUAAAAACGGCAGCCCAGAUAGAAGGAUUGGUGAAAACAGAGAAACAGUGCUGAUGAGUAGUCGCAACGGCAAGGAAAUGUGGCCCGACCGAAACGAAUCAGUCACUGAUGAUACGUCUUCCGUUUCGUCAUCAGAGGAAAAGAUUUCAGAUUUUUCCGAUGACAUGUCUUCCGUUUCAUCACCAUUUUACCGAGGACCAUUUCCUCAAGAUUGUCUGCGCGACAGCGAGGUGACNACAGUUUUGGAGGACGAAAAGGGACAGACCCAAAUUAAGGUGCAUGGGCAACUCAUUGCGGCAGCCUCUUCGAUGUUAGAGGAACGUCUUGAAGAUUCUUCAGCAAGAGAUAACGAUAAACUUCGGCUAAACAUCUCGUCAGACGCCCUUGCAGAAUUUGUUGACUACAUCUACUGUGCAAAAGUGACUUUGCGACGUCAGAAUGUCCUAGAUCUACUACAAGUUGCAUGUAAUUACGAGCUGCCAGCACUAGCAAAAGUAUGUUGUGAAUGGGUAGCUGCAAGACUCGACACUUUCGAUGUGGUCCGCACCUUGUGGUGGGCUAAAGAAUUGGAUUCUGCCUACACGGAAGAUUUGGAAAAUCCUGCAAAAAGCUACAUAGUCGCCAAUUUCAGCGAAUUAACAACAGGCCAAGAAUUCAAUUUGCUGGUUUAUGAAGAUCUAAAGGAAAUUAUACAAGAUGACAAGCUAAGCAUCGAGAGGGAAGAAGACGUGUAUGCUGUUGUAAUGAAGUGGAUAGAAUAUGACAAAGAUUCCCGUUUACCGUUUCUGUGUGAUCUGUUAUCCUGUGUUCGCCUGGAGGUCACAAGCAGAGAGUUUUUGGCUGAAUUGGAGGAUGACCAGCACAUAAGACGGUGCUCUGAGUGCUUUCAAUUACUUGGUGAGGCUCGACAGAAGCUAGCUGCUGACGAGGAUGAAGGAAGGCCUGCCUUGGGUGAAUACAAAGAUGACUAUGAGAAAGAAGUUGAACAAGACACACUCUCAGAUGACGCUUCUUUGUCUCAGUUCGCAGAUGAUGAAACCCUCAAGGAUUAUGAAAGCUUACCUGAAGAAUAUUUGCCUCAAGAUAGCCUGCCCCAAAGCCGCGAGCUAAGAGACCUGCGUCUGCGUAAGGAUGGUCGACCGGAUAUGCGUUUGAAAGAAAAUCGGCGGUUGUACUUAGCAAAAGGAGCGAAUAAAAACGGCAGCCCAGAUAGAAGGAUUGGUGAAAACAGAGAAACAGUGCUGAUGAGUAGUCGCAACGGCAAGGAAAUGUGGCCCGACCGAAACGAAUCAGUCACUGAUGAUACGUCUUCCGUUUCGUCAUCAGAGGAAAAGAUUUCAGAUUUUUCCGAUGACAUGUCUUCCGUUUCAUCACCAUUUUACCGAGGACCAUUUCCUCAAGAUUGUCUGCGCGACAGCGAGGUGACUAGAAAGCAUCGACUUCGGAAAGAUGGUCAGCCAGAUAUGCGAUGCAAAGAAAACCGAAAGAUGUACCUGGAAGACGGGAUAAACAAAAAUGGAAAACCGGACAGAAGGCUCAGAGAGAACAGUAUAGAAGUUCCUGGCCCAUUGAAGAAGGACGGCACCCCUGACAUGCGUUAUAGAGUGAACAAAGAUUUCUUUGGUCGUAAAGAGCGAAAACCAGAGUCGCCUUACACUCCCAGCAAAAAUAUUCAGAGAGCUGCUGGACAAUUGAGAAAGAACGGCGCUCCAGACAAAGGCGACAGAGGAGCCUUGGAAAGUUCUUGUGCGAGAACAGUCUCCUUCCAGCUGCCUUCCACCCCUAGCGGCUUUGUUGGGCCUGUAAAGAAAGAUGGCACUCCAGACAUGCGCUACAAUGUCAACAAACAACUAUACAGCGCAUGCUCCGCCAGCAGAAGUAUCCAAAAGAGUUCUCCACGUGGACCUCUGAAGAAGAAUGGUACACCAGACAUGAGGUACGCUGCAAACAAGCAAGCGUACAGUCGUGCGCCGUUGUCGUCCGGGGCCUGCGGUCCCCUUAAGAAAGAUGGCACCCCUGAUAUGAGGUUCAAGGCCAAUCGACGUUGA